GAGUACCUGUCCUACCUGCGGCACUACCAGCUGACUGUGCCAGUGCGAGUGGACGAGAACGGGGACUUCCUCAGCUACACUGUGAAACACCACAGGCCCGGUCGCAAGAGACGAACCGCAGACGCCAUCAACACCACCAUCGGCCCAGAGCCAACAGACCACGCCGAACAGGACCCGGCCCAGUCCCGGCUCUUCUUCAGACUGUCGGCUUACGGAAAGCACUUUCACUUAAACCUGACCCUCAACCCCCACCUGGUGUCCAAACAUUUCACAGUGGAGUACUGGGGGAGAGAGGGCCUGGAGUGGAGACACGACAUGGUGGAGAACUGCCACUAUGUAGGAUACCUGCACGAUCAGUACAGCUCCACCAGAGUAGCGCUCAGUAACUGUAAGGGUUUGGUGAGUACCAUGGGAUGUGUUUGGUUUGGGUGUGUGUUGGAAGGAAGCUACUGUAUGUAGUAGCCAAUCAGGGUAUUGGAAUGUGUGCUGAAAGGAUGGAAGAGAGGACAACUUGAUCUUUCUGUUUCCAAGUAGAACAACCACCACCACCCUACUCCCCUUCAUGGGUUUCUGUGACUUUAGUUUUGAGUAUGUCUGAGUGUAUUUGUGUAUAUUUGAGUGUGUUUGAGUAGUACUCAAGGACCUGUUUUGUGAGGAGGCCGGGAGGCCCCCAUUGACCAGUCUUCUCUCUGUCUGAGUCACAGAGAGUUAAUACUAUGCCGUCUCUCUGCUCUGCUCUGCUCUGCUUACCUCAGACAAACCCACAGCUCUACGGAAUUAGACAGAGUGUAGUUUGCUAAAUAGCAUGUUGGCCUCCCUCCACCUGGCACAGUGACACUGUUAGGAUAGGGCAUAGUAGGAGAAGGCGGAUGGGGAAAGCUCUCUACAGGAUCAUCAGAGCUUUAGUCACAGCCAGCCAGAAAGCCAGUCAACCAGGCAGUCAGCCAACCAGCCAGCCAGUCCACCCACUAUAAAGAACCUAACAUGCAGCCAGACAGCAGCCAGCCAACCAGCCAGCCAACCAGCCAGCCAACCAGCCAGCCAGCCAGCCAGCCAGCACACCAGCAACCAGCCAGCCAGCCAGCCAGCCAACAGCCAGCCAACCAGCCAGCCAGCCAGCCAGCCAGCCAACCAGCCAACCAGCCAGUCAGCCACCAUAGGGUACCCCACACCUAUCCUUCUCAAUGGACUGUGACAGUAAGCAUGCAGGGCUGUUUUUCUGUUUGUUUACUAAACAGUCAGUACCAACUCUCUUGUUUUGGGCACGCAUCAAACUUCUCCUCAGGUUUCAGUUUCCCCAGAUAAACUAAUGCCCAGUCCCAAAUCAACCCCUAGAGGUUGGAUGGAUGAGUGCAGGCAAUAUGGUAAUAGCUCCACACAGCCCUAGGCUAGGACUAUAUGAUAGUGUCAGAUCUAUGUGACGUGUCUGUUUGGAGGUUAGGGACUAGACAAGGGGGUUAUGAACUGGGCUUGACUUUCUCCAGUGAAAAAAUAAAGAAAGGGAUUGUGUUGCUUUCUGGGGGCCUUAACGAGGCAGCUAAUCAAAGCUUAAGUAUUGUUCCUCCUAAAGGUGUUGAUCUUAGACUAACAGACUGGCCAGACUGUUUUUGUUAAAACUCACCACUGACAGACUGGCCAGACUGUUUUCAUUAAAACUCACCACUGACAGACUGGCCAGACUGUCUUCAUUAAAACUCACACUGACAGACUGGCCAGACUGCUUUGUUAAAACUCACCGCUGAUGGACUGGACAGACUGUCUUCAUUAAAACUCACCACUGAUAGACUGGCCAGACUGUCUUAAUUAAAACUCACCACUGACAGACUGGCCAGACUGUUUUCAAUAAAACUCACCACUGACAGACUGGCCAGACUGUCUUCAUUAAAACUCACCACUGACAGACUGGCCAGACUGUUUUCAUUAAAACUCACCACUGACAGACUGGCCAGACUGUUUUCAUUAAAACUCACCACUGACAGACUGGCCAGACUGUUUUCAUUAAAACUCACCACUGACAGACUGGCCAGACUGUCUUCAUUAAAACUCACACUGACAGACUGGCCAGACUGCUUUGUUAAAACUCACCGCUGAUGGACUGGACAGACUGUCUUCAUUAAAACUCACCACUGAUAGACUGGCCAGACUGUCUUAAUUAAAACUCACCACUGACAGACUGGCCAGACUGUUUUCAAUAAAAACUCACCACUGACAGACUGGCCAGACUGUCUUCAUUAAAACUCACCACUGACAGACUGGCCAGACUGUUUUCAUUAAAACUCACCACUGACAGACUGGCCAGACUGUUUUCAUUAAAACUCACCACUGACAGACUGGCCAGACUGUCUUCAUUAAAACUCACCACUGACAGACUGGCCAGACUGUUUUCAUUAAAACUCACCACUGAGUUGAAGCCUAAAUAUUGUUGUCCAUUAGUUUACUCCAAUUAGGGGUGGAAGCAUUUGGAAAAAACUCUUACGUCCCCUCUUAACCCCCUCUUAUCCCCCUCUUAUUCCCUCUAACUCCCCUCUUAUCCCCCCUCUUAUCCCCCCUCUUAACCCCCCCCUUAUCCCCCCUCUAAACCCCCCUCUUAUCCCCCCCUCUUAUCUCCCCUCUUAUCCCCCCCUCUAAUCCCCCAUCCCUCCUCUUAUCCCUCCAGCCCUCCUCUUAUCCCCCCAUCCCUCCUCUUAUCCCCCAUCCCUCCUCUUAUCCCCCCUCUUAUCCCCCAUCCCUCCUCUUAUCCCUCCAUCCCUCCUCUUAUCCCCCCAUCCCUCCUCUUAUCCCCCCUUAUCCCCAUCCCUCCUCUUAUCCCCCCUCUUAUACCCCAUCCCUCCUCUUAUCCCACCUCUUAUCCCCCAUCCCUCCUCUUAUCCCACUCUUAUGCCCCCCAUCCCUCCUCUUAUUCCUCCUCUUAUUCCCCCUAACCCCCCUCUUAUCUCCCCUCUUAUCCCCCCUCUUAUCCCCCAUCCCUCCUCAUAUCCCCCCUCUUAUCCCCCCUCUUUUACUUUGAAACGUCUCAGAAUAAGAAGAAAGCUCUGUUCCUCUGUGCCAAUCGCAAUUAUGUGGAGAAAAACAUGUAUUACCGUUGUUGCGGCCAAACAUACAGUAUCAUACAUUGAAUUAGUAUUAUGUCUGUUUCGCCUCAGACCAUUUUAAUAGUACCAAAAAAGGACAAAAUGAAAUGUAUCUGUAGUUUAAUCUCGUAAAUUGCCAGACGUAUUUGAUAUCUUGACAUCACACUCUGCUAGGCAUUUAUCAAAUAUGGGUUUCUUGCCGGCGUGUGCCAAGUUGUCAUAUUUGGUUAAUUGGUUUCAUUGUGUGUUUUACGGAGGGAAGCAGCGUGCCAAUGUUUUUUAUAAACACAUUCUGAAGUACUUUUCAAUUUAUGUUACAAAGGGGGUGUUCAAGGGCAGAGAGCUGUGUAUUUUGGUUCCAGUCCCAGUAAUUACAGCGUUGUUCUAGGUGUAAUUGGUUGUUAUAACAUGAUUUAUCAAAUUGCUUCGGAGUGUGGGGUGUUUUUACAUCUGACUGCAGUGCAACACACAGAGCAGAGCAGAGCAGAGCUGUGAGUUAGUUGUUCUAUGUGCUGCAGCCUGCAAUGUUACUAGAUGGCUAGCCAUCUAGCCCUGACUCAGGGUGCCAAUCAUUUCACAGAUGAUUGUGGUUGUGCUGAACAAAGCGUUCAACCUGGUUAAUAAUACUCAUUAGUAAAACAAUAUGUUGAUUACUAUAAUGAAAAUGGUUAUUUGUCAAAAGUAAUUUCAUAUAAACAGCUUAAAAUGGUUUACUGUAAGGCAAUUUAGGCUGGUCUGACUUACUUUUGGCAAAAUGUUUAAAAAAAAUUUAAGAGCGUUAUGUAAUUAUUACUACAAUAAGAUCAAUUCAAAUGUUGUGUUUAUGUGUGUGUGUUGUGACAUUGUUUGCCUUUGCUUAUAACCUGUCUCUCUCGAUGUUCUUGUUUCUCAACAAGCACGGUGUUAUUACAACAGAAGAAGAGCAGUAUUUAAUAGAGCCAUUCAAGAAUAUAUCCUCCACAACUUCCAGCCAAUGGGACCAGGGAGAAGGACAGCAGCAUGUUAUAUAUAAAAAGUCUUCCAUUCCCUCGCCGCAGCAGCAACCCAGCCAACACGAGUUCAGCUGUGGCAUCUCAGGUUGGUGAAGAAUUUUCUCUUCUCUGCUCUUCUCGUUUAGUUCCUCUCCUCUCCUCUCCUCUCCUCUCCUCUCCUCUCCUCUCCUCCUCCUCUCCUCUCCUCUCCUCUCCUCUCCUCUCCUCUCCUCUCCUCUCCUCUCCUCUCCUCUCCUCUCCUCUCCUCUCCUCUCCUCUCCUCUCCCCUGCUCUCCCCUCCCCUCAACCUGGACUGACUCUGAGCUGGGUGACUGAUGUAAACAAGCAGCUAUACAUAGCAGGACAGAGGAAGUGCUGGUUUGGUUCUAGGCCCAGGUUCCGGUGGCUGUGACCAUGCUGCUGUAAGCCUGACCCGUUCUCGGCUCCACUCAGCAUUGUGUAUGCACCAGAACUGAUCAUAGAAAGGCCUUAUAGACUGUGACUGGGCACUAUUGAACUAGAGCAACUACUACCACUGAAUCCAAAUGGAGGCUCCUUUUCUCAAAAAUACACAUACUCUGGCUCUCGUCAGAGCUGUGUCCUGUGCGAUGUGGUGAGGUGGGAUGGAGAUUGGAGGGUAACCAGGUGGAUGUGGAGGUAUUUGGGCCAAGGUCUUAUAAGUAGCAGCGAAGGCUGUCAUGGGCAGGAAGCUGACGUGUCCUGACACGUUCUAUCUUAUAGCCCUUCCCCAGAGCAUCUGGGCCAUAAAGGAAGGGAAGCCUUCAGCUGCAAGUUUCAAAGGGCCAGAUUCCCAAUGUGUGUCUGACUGCCAUUCUAUCUCCAACCCUCCCCUGGCUCUGCUCUGGCAAUGCCUUCAUGGACAUAUAUCUGAUUGUUUCAUUGUGUUUUAAUUGAGUGACUUGUUUUUUCAAUGUUGAUAAAUGUUUAAUAAAUGUUCGACUGAUUAUUGGUUAUCAAAUCAUCAGUAGUUUCUAAUCUUCCUAGAAUGUUUCUAUAGAGGUGAACAGUAUCAAAGGCUACCUUUCUUUUUGAAGUUACCACACCCUAUGAAGAUGGUCAUCAGAUAAACCAUUUCCUAUAAUCACCUGAGAUGGUUCUUUUUCACAGCACAUCAUCAGAAAACAACAUUUCUCGCUCUUUUUUCUCUCUCUCCUUCAUCCACAGACCUCACAAAAAGCGGGAGCCCCUGCCAACAUAGCACUCCUUCCCCAACCUCUCCAACCUCCUCCCCUCACUCCUCCUCUCCCACCCCAGCCUCUGGGUCCAACAGCUCUCUUCCUGGCGGGGGCUACAGACAGAGGCGGUCGGUCAGCAUGGAGCGCUUCGUGGAGACCCUGGUGGUAGCUGAUAAGAUGAUGGUUGGUUACCAUGGACGCAAAGACAUCGAGCACUAUAUCCUAUCUGUGAUGAAUAUUGUAAGUUUGAUCCUGCUUUUCGCUUUGAUUAGUGUUGUUUUGUCUCAAAGAAAAAGCCUGUUAAUAGAGUUGGGGUCAAUCUCAAAAUGGGUUCAUUUCAAUGGUCUGCUAAAUGACUAAAAUGUAAAUGUAAAUACAUUAGUUUGAGUUCACAGGAUAUUAGAAAGCACUCAGGACUCACUUUCACCUGUCCAGGUCUUUCACAUCAAUAGAGAUGAAGGAUUGGAGGAAAGAUAUUGAGAUGCACCCCUAGCCUGCUGAUAUUGGAAACAGGCCAAUGUAGAGUAUUGGAACAUGAACAAUGUACUUAUUCGAAGCGUUUCUCCCUUUGGAUAGAAUUUUGUUUUCAUUAACAUUUUAACAGAAUGUUCUCUCUAACUGAAAACAGACAUUUAAAUCGCAGCGUAAGCUGGAUGUGUGGUUGCUGUUUUCACCCCCAGUAUGUGUGAAUAAAACACUGAUCCAGUGUUGUGACAGUUUGUCUGACUUUGUGUCUUUUCUUCUUUUCUGGAGGUCAGGUUGCCAAACUGUACCGUGAUGCCAGCCUAGGAAACGUUGUGAACAUUAUAGUAACCCGCCUGAUCGUACUGACUGAGGACCAGGUGAGGGCACUUUCUCUGCUCUGUAGUCGGUCAAGCGGGGGAUCUACUGGGAGCGUCAGGGGAGGGCCUCAUGCUCUCGAUAGUAGGGGCCUGGCGCGAGCGGCGGAAAAGAGCGCGAGAUGCUAGCAGAGCGGCGAGGAGAGCGAGCGCGCGGGAGAGAGCAGCGCGAGAGCGAGGAGAGGGCAGAGAGAGAGGAGCGAGGAAGAGAGCGGGGAGGGACGAGGAGGAGAGGAGAGAGGCGGAGAGAGGAGAGAGAGCGCGGGAGAGAGGGGAGAGAGAGAGCGAGCGAGAGAGCGCGAGAGAGAGCGAGAGGCGAGCAGCGAGAGGCGCGGCGCGGGAGGGGCGGGAGAGGAGAGAGGCGAGAGAGAGAGAGCAGAGCGAGGCGGAGAGAGAGAGAGAGAGAGAGAGCAGAGAGAGGGAGAGGAGAGGGGAGGAGAGGAGAGAGAGAGUGAGACGGAGAGCGCAGCGAGGGAGGGCAGGGAGCGAGGGAGAGCGAGAGGAGGGACGAGGAGAGAGGAGAGAGAGAGAGAGAGGGAGGGAGAGGAGAGAGAGAGAGAGGGGAGAGAGAGAGAGGAGGAGAGAGAGAGGAGAGAGGAGAGAGAGAGAGAGCGAGAGAGACGAGAGGGAGGAGGGAGAGAGAGGGAGCGGAGAGCGAGAGGGAGGGAGAGAGAGAGCGAGAGAGGAGGAGAGAGAGAGAGAGAGAGAGAGAGGAGGAGAGGAGAGAGGCGGGAAGAGAGGAGAUAGAGCGAGAGCGAGAGAGAGAGGAGAGAGAGAGCGAGAGAGAGGAAGAGCGAGAGCGAGCGAGGUAGGGAGAGAGGAGAGAGAGCAGAGAGAGUAGGGCGAGCGGGAGGCGAGAGAGACCGAGGGAGAGAGCAGAGAGAGAUAGAGAGAGAGAGGGGCGACAGAGUAGGAAGGAGCGAAGCGAGAGGAGCGAGAGAGAGAGAGAGCGAGCAGAUGAGAGAGCUGAGCUCGCUAGCUAUCUCGAUGUGUUCUGCUUGCCUGAUAAUGCUCGCUUCUCUAUCUCUCUCUCUCUCGUCUGCUCUUCGUUCUCCUCUCUCUUCUCUCUCUCUCUCUCUUCUCUCUCUCUAUUCUCUCUCUCUCUCUCUGUUUCUCUUCUCUCUCAUCACUCUGCCUCUCUCUUUGUUCCACAUCAACAUCUAUGUAUUUCUCUAAUCUCAGUUACAAUUUCUGUGUUUUGGGUACUUAUUAUGCAAUAACAUAGUUAUUCCAAACAGUUGGGAGAGAGAGUAGAAGGACGAAAGAGAGGUGAGAGAGGAAAGGUGUGACAAGACGAGAGGACACCAGAAUAGAAGAGCGAGAAGAGAGAGAAGAGAGGAAAAGAGAGAGGAUAGGAAGCAUCUACCAUAUGUCUGCCACCACUAAAGACGAAGCUCAGGAGAUGAGCUCAGACAUCUUCCCUCAGGGAGAUUUGAUUGAGGAUAUAUAAUGUUUGAUGGGAGAAACAGAGUGAACUGUACAUCUAGCUUCAGUCUAUAGAGGAUGGACUCCAGCAGAGAUGAAUACCUCUUCAUUCCUUCUCCAUUUUAAGACUGUGGAGUGUAAUAUGGAGUGUAAUAUGAAUAUAUUUAUAUAUUAUUGAUAUAUUAUAUUAAAUCUAUCUUUCAUAGAUUGAUCAUAUGGAUUAUUUUAACGGAUACAGUGAGGGAAAAAAGUAUUUGAUCCCCUGCUGAUUUUGUACGUUUGCCCACUGACAAAGACAUGAUUAGUCUAUAAUUUUAAUGGUAGGUUUAUUUGAACAGUGAGAGACAGAAUAACAACAAAAUAAUCUAGAAAAACGCAUGUCAAAAAUGUUAUAAAUUGAUUUGCAUUUUAAUGAGGGAAAUAAGUAUUUGACCCCUCUGCAAAACAUGACUUAGUACUUGGUGGCAAAACCCUUGUUGGCAAUCACAGAGGUCAGACAUUUCUUGUAGUUGGCCACCGGGUUUGCACACAUCUCAGGAGGGAUUUUGUUCCACUCCUCUUUGCAGAUCUUCUCCAAGUCAUUAAGGUUUCGAGGCUGACGUUUGGCAACUCGAACCUUCAGCUCCCUCCACAGAUUUUCUAUGGGAUUAAGGACUGGAGACUGGCUAGGCCACUCCAGGACCUUAAUGUGCUUCUUCUUGAGCCACUCCUUUGUUGCCUUGGCCGUGUGUUUUGGGUCAUUGUCAUGCUGGAAUACCCAUCCACGACCCAUUUUCAAUGCCCUGGCUGAGGGAAGGAGGUUCUCACCCAAGAUUUGACGGUACCCGUCCAUCGUCCCUUUGAUGCGGUGAAGUUGUCCUGUCCCCUUAGCAGAAAAACACCCCCAAAGCAUAAUGUUUCCACCUCCAUGUUUGACGGUGGGGAUGGUGUUCUUGGGGUCAUAGGCAGCAUUCCUCCUCCAAACACGGCGAGUUGAUGUCAAAAAGCUAGAUUUUGGUCUCAUCUGACCACAACACUUUCACCCAGUUCUCCUCUGAAUCAUUCAGAUGUUCAUUGGCAAAAUUCAGACGGCCCUGUAUAUGUGCUUCCUUGAGCAGGGGGACCUUGCGGGCGCUGCAGGAUUUCAAUCCUUCACGGCGUAGUGUGUUACCAAUUGUUUUCUUGGUGACUAUGGUCCCAGCUGCCUUGAGAUCAUUGACAAGAUCCUCCCGUGUAGUUCUGGGCUGAUUCCUCACAGUUCUCAUGAUCAUUGCAACUCCACGAGGUGAGAUCUUGCAUGGAGCCCCAGGCCGAGGGAGAUUGACAGUUAUUUUGUGUUUCUUCCAUUUGCAAAUAAUCGCACCAACUGUUGUCACCUUCUCACCAAGCUGCUUGACGAUGGUCUUGUAGCCCAUUCCAGCCUUGUGUAGGUCUACAAUCUUGUCCAUGACAUCCUUGGAGAGCUCUUUGGUCUUGGCGGAGAGUUUGGAAUCUGAUUGAUUGAUUGCUUCUGUGGACAGGUGUCUUUUAUACAGGUAACAAGCUGAGAUUAGGAGCACUCCCUUUAAGAGUGUGCUCCUAAUCUCAGUUUGUUACCUGUAUAAAAGACACCUGGGAGACAGAAAUCUUUCUGAUUGAGAGGGGGUCAAAUACUUAUUUCCCUCAUUAAAAUGCAAAUCAAUUUAUAACAUUUUUGACAUGCGUUUUUCUGGAUUAUUUUAUUGUUAUUCUGUCUCUUACUGUUCAAAUAAACCUAUCAUUAAAAUUAUAGACUGAUCAUUUCUUUGUCAGUGGGCAAACGUACAAAAUCAGCAGGGGAUCAAAUACUUUUUUCCCUCACUGUAAGUCAGAAUCCUGUCAAAUGGUGGACAUGGCUUUAAUAGGCUUGUAUACGGUAGUUUUCAACUGAUGCUUUUGACUAUGACGGCCCAAUCCUAAUUUAAGACAUAAAUCAUACAUUGAUGUCAAUGGGAGAUUUAAGUGAAAGUCUGAGUGGCUUGCAGUAAUCUGAAUUCAGCACAAGAUAUGUCAAGUGCAGAAUGUUGUGCCUGUUCUUGACGGAAUGCUGGGUUCUGUGUGUUCAGACUGUGUUGUGUAUUCUGUGUUGUGGAUGUUUUUCAGACUGUUCUGGGUUGUGGAUGUGUUCAGACUGUUCUGGGUUGUGGGUGUGUUCAGACUGUUCUGGGUUGUGGAUGUGUUCAGACUGUUCUGGGUGUGGAUGUGGGGUUGGGGUUCCAGGGACGUCGGGUGUGUGGGUGUUAGACGUUCUGGGUUGGGAUGUGUUAAGACGUUGGGGUUUUGGAUGUGUUCAGACGUUCUGGGUUGGUGGUUGUGGAUUGUUCAGACUGUUUGGGUUGGGUGUGUUCAGACUGUUCUGGGUGUGGAUGUGUUCAGACUGUUCUGGGUGUGGAUGUUGUUCAGACUGUUCUGGGUGUGGGGUGUGUUCAGACUGUUCUGGGUUGUGGAUGUGUUCAGACGUUCUGGGGUGUGGAGUGUUCAGAUGUUCUGGGUUGUGGUGUGUUCAGACUGUUCUGGGGGGUGGAUGUGUUCAGACUGUUCUGGGUUGUGGAUGUGUUCAGACUGUUCUGGGUUGGGGUGUGUUCAGACUGUUCUGGGUUGUGGAUGUGUUCAGGGCUGUUCUUGGGUUGUGGAUGUUGUUCAGAUGUUCUGGGUUGUGGAUGUGUUCAGAGUUCUGGGUUGUGGAUGUGUUCAGACUGUUCUGGGGUUUUGGAUGUGUUCAGACUGUUCUGGGUUGUGGGUUUUGUUCAGAUGUUCGGGUUGUGGAUGUGUUCAAAAUUUUUGGGUUUGGAUGUUCAACGUUUGGGUUGUGGUUGGUUCGGGACUUUUUCGGGUUUGUGGAUGGUUCAGACUGUUCUGGGUUGUGGUGUGUAGACUGUUGGGUUGGGAGGUUUUCAGACUUUCGGGGUUUGGGGAUGUUUCAGAUUUUCGGGUUGGGGGUGUUUUCGACUGUUCUGGGUUUGGUGUGUUCAGACUUUUCUGGGUUGUGGUUUUUUCAGACUUUUUGGGUUUUGGGGGUGUGUUAGAUGUUCUGGGGUGGGAUGUGUUCAGAUGUUCGGGUUUGUUGAGUUGUGGGGUUUCAGACGUUCUGGGUUGGGAUGUGUUCAGACUGUUUGGGGGUGUGAUUCGAUGUUUGUAAUGGUUUUUUGGUUGUUUCUAUCCAGCCCAACUGGAGUAAACCCCCAAUGGAAAGUCUUGGGACAGCUUCUGUAAGUGGCAGAAGUCUAUCCUCAGUCAUCAAGGAGACGGGAACAGCAUCCCGGAGAAUGGCAUGGCUCACCAUGACAACGCUGUCCUCAUCACAAGGUAGGAAUGGUCUCCUCUCCUCUUCUCUUUCUAUCUGACCUGUUACCCUCUGGGGGAAGGACAGAGACACCUGGAUGGGGGAAGGCUCUACUCUCCAACACACACACACACACACACACACACACACACACACUCUCAAGCUGUUGAUUAUUAUUAUUCCAGUGGUAAGAGUGCGUCAUUAUUUACCUUACUAUACGUCUCUUACUCAUCUUGACCAAACAUUUAUUUAGAUGACUCAUUGGACAAUGAGAGCAUGUUUACUUAAAUAUUUUAGCAGUCCUACUUUAGAAGUCCUUCCACCUUCUGACUCUGUGCUACAUUGGCAUUACACAGACAGAACACUACAGUAACUUUGAAACACACAGCCAGGUCACUAUAUCUAUUACUGGCUUCAGUCCAUAUCUAGUACCUACAGUACUGUACCUCUUAAAAUUGCUGAGAAUGGGAUGCUCUUUCAGUCAUACCAGACAUCCUACAAUUAAUGGGUGGUAACCUGUUUUGACCACAUAACCUAGCAACUAACGUGUGUAUUCCUUACUUGUUUUGUCUGCAGGGGGGUUGUCGUUUUGUGAUUGACUCUCCCUGCCUGGCUGUGUACAAACCAGCUUUUAUACUAAUGUUAGACUAGUGCUAGUUGACUUUAGCUGUUUGUCUCCAGCUUCUUUUCAGAGUCCUGUUGUUGUUGUAAAGUUGACACUUGGUGAGCCAUCCAUAGGAGUGACCAUAGAGAUAGGGGUGGCAGGUAGCCUAGCGCUUAAGAGCAUUGGGCCAGUCACCGAAAGGUUGCUGGUUCAAAUCCCCGAUCAGACUACGUGAAAAAUCUGUCAAUGUGCCCUUGAGCAAGGCACUUAACCCUAAUUUCUCCUGUAAGUUGUUCUGGAUAAGAGUGUCUGCUAAAUGACUAAAAUGUAGAUAGUAGGUAAGGCUUAAACAUGCUAAACUUCUCUAAUGUUACUGACAGUAGUUGGCAGCCUUAGAAGUUAUGCUGCGAUUGUGAUGCCAGCAGGCUACUGAAGGGGUUUUAUGGAGUGCUGUCUCCAGCCGUCUGUUAUCGAAGAACGUAAUUAUCGAAGAAUUGGUCUGUACUGCUAAACUUACAUCACCUCAGCCUUCUACUGUUACAGGGACUGGUCUGUACUGCUAAACUCACAUCACCUCAGCCUUCUACUGUUACAGGGACUAGUCUGUACUGCUAAACUCACAUCACCUCAGCCUUCUACUGUUACAGGGACUGGUCUGUACUGCUAAACUCACAUCACCUCAGCCUUCUACUGUUACAGGGACUGGUCUGUACUGCUAAACUCACAUCACCUCAGCCUUCUACUGUUACAGGGACUGGUCUGUACUGCUAAACUCACAUCACCUCAGCCUUCUACUGUUACAGGGACUGGUCUGUACUGCUAAACUCACAUCACCUCAGCCUUCUACUGUUACAGGGACUGGUCUGUACUGCUAAACUCACAUCACCUCAGCCUUCUUACUGCUACAGGGACUGGUCUGUACUGCUAAAACUCAUCACCUCACUCAGCCUUAACUGCUGUUACAGGGACUGGUCUGUACUGCUAAACUCACAUCACCUCAGCCUUUCUACUGCUACAGGGACUGGUCUGUACUGCUAAACUCACAUCACCUCAGCCUUCUACUGCUACAGGGACUGGGUCUGUACUGCUAAACUCACAUCACCUCAGCCUUCUACUGCUACAGGGACUGGUCUGUACUGCCAAACUCACAUCACCUCAGCCUUCUACUGCUACAGGGACUGGUCUGUACUGCUAAACUCACAUCACCUCAGCCUUCUACUGCUACAGGGACUGGUCUGUACUGCUAAACUCACAUCACCUCAGCCUUCUACUGCUACAGGGCUCUCCAGCGUCUGUCUGAUGCUAAACCAACACUAGCUGCUAAGCAUUCACUAAAGCCUUAUGUUGUAUAUACAGUACAUGCUGCAGGCUGCUUACAGAGUUCAGUGACGUUUGGUGACUGUGUGUUUGUAUUAUAAGCCCACUACAACGUCUCGUUAUUGUAUGAGCGAGAGAGACAGAGAGAGAGAUAGAUAGAUAGCUAGAAAGAAAGAGAGAGAUUGAUAGACAGCUAGCUAGAAAGAAAGAAAGAAAGAGAGAGUGAGAGAGUGAGUGAGUGAGUGAGUGAAUGAGUGAGUGAGUGAGAAAAAGUGAAUCAGAACUUUGUUAGGGCCUGAGUAUAAUGGGAUAUCAAGAUGUGUGUAGGCGAUGAGAUGAGCUGUGCUGUGCUGGGCUGAGCGUCAGGAUGCUAACAUUAGAGAUAGUAUAAAUAGUUAAUGAUGGACCCAGGAAGCUUUCAUUAACCACUGUGUCUGCUAGAAAAUUCCCCCAUUCCCUGAUGGAAUCCACCUAAAGAGAGAGCACAGGGAUUUUAAGACUGUUUACGUUAGCAACGCGCAGCUUUACUGCAUGUGUGGCUAUUACAUUUAUGACUAACGAUAUCCCUGGAAAAAUAUCAGGUUAAAAAAGGGUUUGAUGAGGAUGAGUGAUUUUGAUGAGGGCUGCCCUAGGCCAUGCAAUUUAUCAUAGAACUACACUAUAUAUGCAAAAGUAUGUGGACACCCCUUCAAAUUAGUGGAUUCGGCUAUUUCAGCCACACCUGUUGCUGACAGGUGUAUAAAAUCGAGCACACAGCCAUGCAAUCUCCAUAAACAAACAUUGGCAGUAGAAUGGCCUUAGUGAAGAGCUCAGUGACUUUCAACGUGGCACCGUCAUAUGAUGCAACCUUUCCAACAAGUCAGUUCGUCAAAUUUCUGCCCUGCUAGAGCUGCCCCGGUCAACUGUAAGUGUUGUUAUUGUGAAGUGGAAAUGUCUAGGAGCAACAAUGGCUCAGCCGCGAAGUGGUAGGCCACACAAGCUCACAGAAUGAGACAGCCGAGUGCUGAAGCGCAACACUCACUACCGAGUUCCAAACUGCCUCUGGAAGCAACGUCAGCACAAGAACUGUUCGUCGGGAGCUUCAUGAAAUGGGUUUCUAUGUCCAAGCAGCCGCACACAAGCCUAAGAUCACCAUGUGCAAUGCCAAGCGUCAGCUGGAUUGGUGUAAAGCUCGCCGCCAUUGGACUCUGGAGCUAGGCCCCUCAGGAGGCUGAAGAAAUUCAGCUUGGCCCCUAAGACCCUCAGAAACUUUUACAGAUGCACAAUUGAGAGCAUCCUGUCGGGCUGUAUCACCGCCUGGUACAGCAACUGCACCGCCCGCAACCGCAGGGCUCUCCAGAGGGUGGUACGGUCUGCCCAACGCAUCACCGAGGGCAUAGUACCUGCCCUCCAGGACACCUACAGCACCCGAUGACACAGGAAGGCCAAAAUGAUCACCAAGGACAUCAACCACCUGAGCCACGGCUUGUUCACCCCGCUAUCAUCCAGAAGGCGAAGUCAGUACAGGUGCAUCAAAGCUGGGACUGAGAGACUGAAAAACAGCUUCUAGCUCAAGGCCAUCAGACUGUUAAAUAGCCAUCACUAGCCAGCUACCACCCGGCUACUCAACCCUGCACCAUAGAGGCUGCUGCCCUAUGUACGUAGACAUGGAAUCACUGGCCACUUUAAUAAUGUUUACAUACUGCUUUACUAAUCUCAUAUGUAUAUACUGUAUUCUAUUCUACUGUAUUUUUGUCAAUGCCACUCACAACGCUCGUCCUAAUAGUUAUAUAUUUCUUAAUUCCAUUCUUUUACUUUUAGAUUUGUGUGUAUUGUUGUGAAUUGUUAGAUACUACUGCACUGUUGGAGCUAGGAACACAAGCAUUUCGCUACACCCGCAAUAACAUCUGCUAAAUAUGUGUAUGUAACCAAUACAAUUCGAUUCGAUUUGAUUUGAUUUGAUAACAUGUUCUCUGGAGUGAUCAAUCACGCUUCACCAUCUGGCAGUCCGAUGGACGAAUCUGGUUUUGGCGGAUGCCAGGAGAACGCUACAUAGUGCCAACUGUAAAGUUUGGUGGAGGAGGAAUAAUGGUCUGGGGCUGUUUUUCAUGGUUCGGGCUAUGCCCCUUAGUUCCAGUGAAGGGAAAUCUUAACGCUACAGCAUACAAUUACAUUCUAGAGGAUUCUGCGCUUCCAACUUUGUGGCCACAGUUUGGGGAAGGCCCUUUCCUGUUUCAGCAUGACAAUGCCCCCGUGCACAAAGCGAUGUCCAUACAGAAAUGGUUUGUCGAGAUCGGUGUGGAAGAGCUUGACUGGCCUGGACAGAGCCCUGACCUCAACCCCAUCGAACACGUUUGGGAUGAAUUGUAAAGCCGACUGCGAGCCAGACCUAAUUGCCCAACAUCAGUGCCCGACCUCACUAAUGCUCUUGUGGCUGAAUGGAAGCAAGUCCCCACAGCAAUGUUCCAACAUCUAGGGAAAAGCCUUCCCAGAAGAGUGCAGGGUGUCAUAGCAACAAAGGGGGGACCAACUCCAUAUUAAUGCCCAUGAUUUUGGAAUGAGAUGUUCCACAUACUUUUGGUCUUGUAGUGUAUCUCUAUCUCCUUUCCGUCCCUUUCAACCCAUCUCCCCUCUCUCCCCUACUCCUCUCCUCCCCUCUUCCCCCUAACAUCAGGGGUCAUGUUACAGGUCAGCUCUUUGCCCCUUGGGUCUCUUGGUCAUCUGGGUUGGAGAUAAUACCUAGUCAAGAUGAUGAGUGAUUUUGAUGAGGGUUGCCCUAGGCCAUGCAGUGUAUCAUAGAUCUCUAUCUCCUUAUUUGAACUGUGUGGUUUCUGUUUCUAACAACUAUCUCUGUGUGUUGCAUUAGAGUCUCUGUCACUACUAAGUCAGUGUUGAAGUGUAUACAGAUGUAGGAUCUUAAUUUGAGCCAGUUUGCUACAGCAGGAAAAUAAUCCUGCAGCAACAGGAAAGGUGAAUUAUUAUGUGUAUUAUAAUUAAUGGACAUUUUCUGGUAGGGGUUGAUAGAUUUUUUGUUAGGAAAAUGAAGUCUGAGAUUUUAAAGUAGAAAUUACAAACUUUAGAAGCCUUUUUAAACCUUGAAUACACUACAAGUUUGCAUUUCCUGCUGUGUAGAAACAUUUUCAGCAACAGAAGUGUGAUCAAAUUAAACUCAUACAUCUGUAUGGCUGAUAACACUAUGUGAAUUGCGUACUGUACACCCAAACUCAACUUCUGCCAGGCCAUCAUUGUAAAUAAUAAUUUGUUCUUCAUUGACUUGCCUGUUAAAAUAAAGGUUACAUUUAAAUAAAAUUAAAAUAAACUUCUAAGCGUGCCAUGCGAGGGUGAUUCACCUUGCCGAGCACAGACUGAGGUUACCACGAGCACACAGCAAGCAUGAUGUCAUAGUAGAAGUGUUCAUGGCAGCGGUUGUCAUGGCGUUGGUCUCCUGUGGUUGCGGUCUGGUUGCGGGCAGUCAGAAACAUAAGGAAGAGACAUUAUCCUUGAGGUGGAUGGUCUGUUCUGAAAGGCAUGAUAGUGACCUCUCCUUCACUAUCCUGUCUGUAUGUCUAUUUCUGUCUCCCCUUUCUCUCUCUCUCUCUCUCUCGCUCUCUCUCGCUCUCUCUCUCUCUCCUAUGUUCUUAUGGUUCUCUUGUCCUGCCAUUGUGGGCCCAUUAGGAGGAGAGGAGACCUUCUCCCCAGACAGAGUCAUUACAGUCAUAAUUCUUGAGGAGGUUAUGUAUGGUCCAGGCCCAGCCAGCUCAUCCCUCUAGGCACUGUGCUAUACAGUGACCUCUCCUUCCCUCACUGCUGUUGCUUUAUUAGGCUCUGGGCUGGAUGGCUACGGUGUGUCUCGUUUGGAACGUGGCCCAUGGUGUUUGAGAAACUCAGGGGGAAAUUAAAGGAAGUAAAUCUAAAUAAAUAGAUGUUCUAAAUGAGGUGGAGUCUGCUUGUCCUCGAGACCGUACCUCAUGGGUUUGGAACCGGUCCACCAGGGUAGAGGGGUGGAGGAGAGACAGACAGAGGGAGGGGAGCGGUGCAAAACGAAAUGUAAUUUGCAGUGUCAUUGGGUUUUUAAUAGAUUAAAAGCAUUAGGAAUGAUUGGAUCACUCAUUGUAAAUGUAUGAUGUGUUCUUUGGGUUUGUCCUGCGCUGGAUUGGAUUAGUAUUGUAUCAGAUAGACAGAGAGAGAGAGACAGACAGAUAGAUGGGAGGACGGAGGGACAGACAGACAGACAGAGGGAGAGGGCUACAACAUUGACACAGCAGGGUCGUAAUAGACUUCAAAGACUGUGUUGCUGCCUGCCUGUGUGUGUUAGCUGGUUGACAUUUAAAUACAUUUAUAGAAGGACAAGCCUUCAUGAUUUGACUAAUCUGUUGCAGUAUAAAAACUAUGGUCAAAUACUGCAGGUGGAUGCCCGAGAUGCCCCGUUUCAACAUCAGAGGUGCUUAGAGUAGAAUAGAAUAGAGUAGAGUAGAGUAGAAUAGAGUAAAGUAGAAUAGAAUAGAGUAGAGUAGAGUAGAGUAGAAUAGAGUAAAGUAGAAUAGAGUAGAGUAGAAUAGAAUAGAGUAAAGUAGAAUAGAAUAGAGUAGAGUAGAGUAGAGUAGCUAGAGUCACAGUCGAAUCGCGUAGGUAGCACUCGCAUAGAGUACACGUCAGCCUCGAGUGAGUCGAGUAGAACUAGCGUAAGUAGAAUAGAGUAGAGUAGAAUAAAGUAGAAUAGAAUAAAACUAGAGAGAGCCUGACAGAAGAAUCAUAUGUCUCAUGUUUUCUUCUCUCUUCUUUUUCUCCCUCAGGUACGACAUCUGCACUUACAAGAACAAACCCUGUGGGACUCUAGGUGAGUGGCAAUGCUCUCGGUUCUCUUCUCUCUGUUCUCUGUUCUCUGUUCUCUGUUCUCUGCUCUCUGUUCUCUGCUCUCCUGUCUCUGUUUUUUUUUUUUUUUUUUUCUCUGUUCUCUGCUCUCUGCUCUCUGUUGUUCUCUGUUCUGCUUCUCUGUUCUCUGUUCUCUGUUCUCUGUUCUCUGCUCUCUGUUCUCUGCUUUCUCUGUUCUCUGUUCUCUGGGUUCUCUGCUCUGUUCUCUGUUCUAUGCUCUCUGUUCUCUGUUCUCUGCUCUUGUCUUGCUCUGUUCUCUGCUCUCUGUUCUCUGUUCUCUGUUCUCUGUUCUCUGCUCUCUGUUCUCUGCCUCUGUUCUCUGUUCUCUGCUCUCUGCUCUCUGUUCUCUGUUCUCUGUUCUCUGCUCUCUGUUCUCUGUUCUCUGUUCUCUGCUCUCUGCUCUCUGUUCUCUGUUCUCUGCUCUCUGUUCUCUGUUCUCUGUUCUCUGCUCUCUGUUCUCUGCUCUCUGCUGUCUGCUCUCUGUUCUCUGUUCUCUGCUCUGUUCUCUGUUCUCUGUUCUCUGCUCUCUGUUCUCUGUUCUCUGUUCUCUGUUCUCUGCUCUGUUCUCUGCUCUCUGCUCUCUGUUCUCUGCUCUGUUCUCUAUUCUCUGCUCUCGUUUCUCUGCUCUCUGUUCUCUGUUCUCUUCUGUUCUCUGUUUCUCUGUUCUCUGUUCUCUGCUCUCUGCUCUCGUGUCUCUGCUUCUCUGUUCUUCUCCAUUUCUCCGGUCCUCUGUUCUCCGCUCUGUUUACUCUGUUUCUCUGUUCUCUGCUCUGUUCUCUGUUCUCUGCUCUCAGUUCUCUGUUCUCUGUUCUCUGCUCUCUGUUCUUUGUUCUCUGUUCUCUGCUCUCUGCUCUGUUCUCUGUUCUCUGUUCUCUGUUCUCCAUUCUCCAUUCUCCCCGGUCUCCAGUCUCCGUUCUCCGCUCUGUUCUCUGCUCUGUUUUCUGUUCUCUGUUCUCCAUUCUCCGGUCUCUGUUCUCCGCUCUGUUCUCUGUUCUCUGUUCUCUGCUCUGUUCUCUGUUCUCUGUUCUCUGUUCUCUGUUCUCUGUUCUCUGCUCUCAGUUCUCUGUUCUCUGUUCUCUGUUCUCUGCUCUCUGUUCUUUGUUCUCUGUUCUCUGUUCUCUGCUCUCUGCUCUCUGCUCUCUGCUCUCUGCUCUCUGCUCUCUGUUCUCUUGUCUCUGCUCUCUGCUCUCUGUUCUCUGUUCUCUGUUCUCUGCUCUCUGUUCUCUGCUCUGUCUCUCUCCGCUCUCCUUCUCCGUCUCUCGUUCUCCAUUUUCUGCCGUCUCUCCGUUCUCCAUUCUCUUCUCGCCUCGUCCUCUCGUUUCUCUCCAUUCUCCGGUCUCCGUUUUUCAUUCUCCGGUCUCCGUUCUCCAUUCUCCGGUCUCCGCUCUCCAUUCUCCGGUCUCCGUUCUCCGCUCUGUUCUCUGUUCUCUGUUCUCCCUUCUCCGGUCUCCGUUCUCCGCUCUGUUCUCUGUUCUCUGUUCUCUGCUCUGUUCUCUGUUCUCUGUUCUCCAUUCUCCGGUCUCCGUUCUCCGCUCUGUUCUCUGUUCUCUGUUCUCUGCUCUGUUCUCCGUUCUCCGCUCUGUUCUCUGUUCUCUGCUCAGUUCUCUGCUCUCUGUUCUCUGUUAUCUGCUCUCUGUUCUCUGCUCUCCACGCUCCGUUCUCCGCUCUGUUCUCUGUUCUCUGCUCUGUUCUCUGUUCUCCGUGCUCUGCCCUUUGCUCUCUGUUCUGUGGCCUGGAAGCAAGGAGAGACAGGUCAGAGAGACCAGGUGGGGUAUACUGUCAGCGGGGCGGGGUACAGACGGGGUUAGGUCCAGGCAGGGCAGGGUAGCGGCAUGGCAGGGUACAGGCGUGGUAACCUCCAAGUGCACUUGACUGUGUCCUUCUACCAAUAUAGCUCAAAUAAUGUGGAUAUUUAUAAGUUCAUAUGGCGUCUUUUUCUUCUGCUACAGUACUUUAAGGACACUGGUUUCCAGUCCUUUUUGCCAGGGGUUUGGUUUGGCAUGUUGUGACUCCACUGUGACAGGAACUGUGGCAAACUUAAACUUACAAACUUGUUAAGCUUCUGUAACCAAGCUCAGAAAGGCAAGGGAGAGAAAAUGAGAGGUAAAAAGAGAAAGAUAGAGGGACAGAUAGAAAGAGGGGGAGCGUGAAAUUCAGAGGGAGAACAUAAGAGAACAAGAGAGAGAGAGAAAGAGAGUAGUUGGUAGUAGGUGGUGGAGAAAGGACGGCAGGGAGUGUCAGCAUCCCCCCCUCCUCCCUGCCUCCCUCCCUCUGAUGGUGUAGAGCCCCUGCAGGCUCCACAGUAUAUCUUGGAGGUAAUAUUGGGACUCAGGGGGGGGGGGUUUGGACAGAUUGACCGCAUUUGUCACAUUCCCCCCGUCGCUUUAAUUGCACCGGCAUCUGCUUGGCUUCCUCAUUCUCUCUCACUCCCUUCUCCACCCCCCCCUCUCCCCUUCCUCUGUUGCUCCUCUCCCCCUCCUUCUUCUUGCCCUCUCCAUUUCUUCUCCCCUCUCAGCACUGUUCCCCUCUCCCUUUCCCCCCUCUCCUCUCCUCUCCUCUUCCCUCUCCUCUUCUCCCCUCUCCCUUUCCCCCUCUCCUCUCCUCUCCUUUUCCCUCUCCUUUCCCCUUCCCUCUUCCUCUUUUCUCCCUCUUCUUUGCCCCAUCUCUCCUCUUCCUUCCUCCUCUCCUCCCUCCCCACCUCCCUCUCUACCUCCUCUCCCCCGAAUAACCGGCCGCCCCGCCCAAAGCCAAGCCAGGGUCCCCCAGUACCCCGCCCCCGCCCGUACCGCCCCCCGACGCCCUACCCCGAAUUCCCCGCCUCAAACCCUCACUCCUCCGCUCCCCCCUUUUCCUCCUUCCCGUUAUUUUGUUCUUCCGCUAUGGCUCCCCCCCCAUCCAUAAGCGUAAACCCCGCCCCACCGCCUCUUUCCCCUUCCCGCCGCCCAACCGACAAAAACCCCCACCUCGCCUCCCCCUUUUCCCACCUCCGCCCCUCCUAUAAUAAUACCCUCCCCCCCGCCCCCUCCCUUCCCCCCCCCCGAAAUAACCCGCUCCUCCCCUUGCCUCCCCUUAAAAACCUCCUCUCCUCUCCUUUCCCCAUUCUCCUCUCUCAACCCUUCUCCCCUCUCUCCCCUACUCCUCUCCUACCCUCCUCCCCCCUAUCAUCAGGGGUCAUGCUACAGGUCAGCUCUUUGCCCCUUGGGCCUCUGGGUAAUCUGAGUUGGAGAUAAUACCUAACCAACCCCACUUCUGAGUGUUGUGUGAAACCCUUCCCAGUCACCUGUAGAUGGAAUCUGUGAGGAAUGGUCUCCAUUCCUCUUCUCUUUCUAUCUGACCUGUUACCCUCUGGGGGAAGGACAGAGACACCUGGAUGGGGGAAGGCUCUACUCUCCAACACACACACACACACACUCACACAGACAGGCAAUUGUAUAGCUUUACUCAGCGUUCUUAAAUUCCCUUCCUUGGCUUGCAUUACUAGGUGGUCCCUUGUUACUUGGAGUGAAAUGUAUAAAUCCAAGCUUGUGUCUAGACAUUUUCCAGCUCUGACUUUCGGUUGAAAAAAGUUCAUGUCUAGCCAGUUGAUGCUAAAGUCAGGUCCCUUUGGUGAGUAUCAGCAGCAGCAGCAUGGACUGAGGCUGUGAUCCCAAAUCACGCCCUAUUCCCUAUGUAGUGCACUACUUUUGUCAAGAGCCCCAUGAGAGAAGAAGUUAACUCUCAACGCUCUUAGCUUACGUCCCAAAUGGCACCCUAUUUCCUAUAUGGGCCCUGGUCAAAAGUAGUGCACUAUAAAUGGAAUAGGGUGCAGCCUGAGAAGGUUUAGAGUUGCCUUCUUCUCUCUCUCUCUCUCUCUCUCUCUCUCUCUCUCUCUCUCUCUCUCUCUCUCUAUCUCUCUCUCUCUUAUAUCUCUCUAUCUAUAUCUCUCUCUCUCUCUCUUCUCUCUCUAUCUUCUAUCUCUCUAGCUCUCUAGACUCUCUCUCUCUCUCUCUCUCUCUCUCUCUCUCUCUCCUGCUGCUCUUCUUUCAACACCAGGGAGGUCAGAACUGAGGAAUCCAGCUUUUAUGGCCACCACUUUUAAGAAUGCUACACCUUGACCUGACCCUGUUUCACUCUCUCUACCUCACUCUCGCUCUCUCUCUCUCUGUGUGUAUGUGUGUGUGUCCAGGCUUGGCUUCGGUAGCUGGGAUGUGUGAGCCGGAGAGGAGUUGCAGCAUCAAUGAAGACAUCGGCCUAGGUUCUGCUUUCACCAUCGCCCACGAGAUUGGCCAC